CGUUCAUGUUGACGGAAGUAGACGUGGAGUUUUCGGAUUGUGCCGCGGCUCGGCUGGAAACAUUGCCAUUUCUGUCAGGUUUAGCCGCUUCUCGGUUUCUAAAUUAUUUUAAAUAUGUUUUUUCGUUAAAUUUAAAGGAAUUGUUUGCAGUUAAUAAGCAAAUGGACGUUUUUUUUAAAACGAAUGUUAGGGUUUUAACGCUAGAGCUGAGGUUUAGCUAGCUAGCUGAAUUAGCUGGAGCUGUCAUUCAUUGGUCAGAUGUGUGGUGUGUCCUGCACUUAGAAGUUGCGAAACAACAUGAAAGAAGAGUCGCCUGAACAAAUAAGAGCUGCAGUAAUAAGAUAACGGAUAAAAUAAUAAUGAAUAUUGUGAGUCUGGAGUUGUGCAGUAGUAGACAGAGCUAAUUGUAUCGCAGGAAAAGUUGACAGGGCUGCGUUCACACCUGUCCAUCCGUCAUAGGUUCAUUACUGUAAAUAAGAGUUUCCAAAAUGUCUCCAGUCCCUGUCCUUCCCCUCAUCAUCAACUGCUGCAUGUCUGUUCUGGGGUGCAUUGCAACACUCAAGCUCAUUCCAGCCUUCAAGGAGCAUUUCAUAUCUGCCAGACUAUAUGGCAAGGACCUGAACAAAACCACCAAGAAUGAAAUCCCCGAAUCUCAAGGUGUGAUCAGCGGCACGGUUUUCCUCAUCAUCCUCUUCCUCUUCAUCCCCGUACCUUUCCUCGGCUGCUUUGUGGGAGAGCUGUGUCAGCGUUUCCCUCAUAAUGAGUUUGUGGAGCUGAUAGGUGCGCUGUUAGCCAUCUGCUGCAUGAUCUUCCUCGGUUUUGCUGACGACGUGCUCAACCUGCGAUGGAGACACAAGCUGCUGCUCCCCACUAUGGCCUCGCUGCCUCUCCUCAUGGUCUACUUCACCAACUUCGGCAACACCGUCAUAGUGGUUCCCAAGCCGUUCCGAGCGCUGCUGGGGAUGCACCUCGACCUGGGUAUCCUGUAUUACGUAUAUAUGGGAAUGCUGGCUGUGUUCUGCACGAAUGCUAUCAACAUCCUGGCCGGGAUCAAUGGCAUCGAGUCAGGGCAGGCGCUCUUCAUCUCCGGCUCCAUCAUCAUCUUCAAUAUGCUGGAGCUCAACGGAGACUACAGAGAUGACCAUAUUUUCUCUUUGUACUUCAUGAUCCCGUUCUUUUUCACCACGCUGGCUCUCUUCUACCACAACUGGUACCCGUCGUCUGUGUUUGUAGGCGACACGUUCUGUUACUUUGCUGGGAUGACUUUCGCUGUGGUUGGGAUCCUCGGCCAUUUCAGCAAAACCAUGCUGCUCUUUUUCAUCCCUCAAGUCAUAAACUUUAUCUACUCAUUGCCUCAGCUCUUCCAUGUAAUUCCUUGUCCUAGACAUCGCCUGCCCAGACUGCAGCCGGACAGCGGGAAGCUCGGGAUGAGCUACUCGAAGUUUAAACAGAAGGACCUUGGCAAAUUAGGGCAGCUCAUACUGAAGGUGGCAGAAACAUUAUGGCUGCUGGAUGUGCGCAGGGGUCAGGAGGGAGAUGAUGAGUUUAUUGAGUGCAAUAACAUGACUCUGAUUAAUCUAGUGCUGAAGAUACUCGGGCCCACACAUGAGAGAAACCUCACAGCCAUUAUGCUGUUGAUACAGGUUUUUGGGAGCGUGAUUGCUUUUGGAAUUCGGUAUCAUUUGGUCCGGCUCUUCUACGAUGUCUAGCAGUAAGCCAAGAGAAUGUAUAGGAACAAGAAGACACUUCCACUUCCUUCCUUUAAAAAAAAAAAAAAAACAUCAACAGUUACGACGGUUUAAAAGUCUGCUUCUAUUUACCACUUACCCGGGGAUGUGUUUACAAAACUGUACCAUUCAACUACUGUAUUUGCUACAGUCGAGUCCUACUAGAGUCAUUUUAGAUUUAAGGGCUUGAUUCUGAAGUUGUACAGUGGAAUAAAUCCUAUCUGAACACGUUAUUGAACAGUCUGGCUGUCAGGGAAAGGACACUGCACUACUCAGUAGAAACAUUGCUAAUCAGAGUAAGGAAAAGGAGUGUUAAGUUUAAGGCACUGAUGCAAAAGUACUCGGUCUUUACAUUUAUAUUGUAAUGUCUUUGGCUUAACAGGAAGAAGAUAAUAUUUCAUUAUUUUUGCACGCUGGUUGUCCAAACAUACAACCAAAUUCAUUGUACUUCUGUAAGAAUUUUACCUUUAAAAUGGAAGUAGAAGUAAUAUCAAUUACCUCCCAUGGCCGAGUCAUUAUAUUAUGGUGUAAUUUGGAAAUUUGAAUUCUUUGGUUUGGUUGAAAUGCAGAGCAGCAGAAAGCUAACUAUGGUUUGGUGGUUAAGGGAAGAUGUUAUUUACUCUUUCUGGUGUAAAAUAUGGCGAAUGCUGAGAUAUUAUAUGCAUAAUUAUAUGCAUACCUAAAUAUGAUAUUUUUCUUUAUCUAAAGUAACGCUGAAACACUGAUGGACAUGUAGAAGUUUGAUACGGGGUGAUAUAUGUGACAGAAAUGAUUUAUAUACCUGACUAAUAGAGAGUUUGAUUUAAAAUUAAAGAUUUUUAAAACAUGU